AAUGAGCGCCCUUAAGGCUAAAGGUAGGAAAGUCUUUGAAAUUCCAAUUUGUACAAUUUGCUUAGAUCCAAUGAUAAAAGACCUUUGCGUUUUUACAGUUUGUGGUCAUGUGUUUCACUACAAUUGUGGUGUAAAUUGCCAUUAAAAUUCAAGAAAAUGCCCUAAUUGUCGUAUGAGAUCUACAGAAUUAUAGUCAUUACAUUAUGCAGUUGAAGAAAUAACAGGAAUAGAUGAAUAAAUGAGUUAACUAUUAAAUGAUUUGACUGUUGAUUAAAAAUAACAUAUGGCUAAAUUAUUGGCGGAUCAUGAAGAAUUAUUACAUGAGAAUUAAAGAAUUAAGUAAAGAAAUAAAUUUGUAGAAGAAAAAAAUGAAUCAAUUUAGACUGAAGUUUAACAUAUACAAGCAGAACUUAAAAGAUCUUUAGAAAAGAAUAAAGAAUUAGAAAUAAAAGAAAAGUAAUAACAAUCAAAAUUAAAGACUUUAGAAGUUUGUUUUUAAUAACUUGAAGAAGAUAAUAAAAAAUUAAAAUAAGAAGUGGAAAAGAAUAUGUCACUUCUAAAAGGUUUUGACUAUUUAGAAAGCCUAGCUAAAGUAAUUAAUAAUCCUAAUGAGGAUAUGUAUUUAAAAUUAAUUAGAUAAAAAAGUCCUAGUGAAUAAGCUAAAUAGAUUUAUGAUUUAUAUGUUAUUAAAGUAGGAUAAUUCAAAAAUGUCUAAAAAGAAGUAACUCAAUUAUAAGAAUAAAGAGAAUAGCAAUAAAAAAAAUAUGAAUAAUUAUAGUAAAAAUAUGAAAGAAUGAAAGAUUUAUAUGAUGAAAUUCAAAAAGAAAAUUUAUCAAUCAAAGAACUUUCAAGAAAUCAGAAUCAAAAUCCUAUAUAGAAGAUUAUAGAACAUUAUGAAGAUAAAUAAGAGAAUGAAUUCAAACGGAAACCUGUAAUUAUGUAAAAACAAUUAUCAUUUGGAUGCUCUUAAUUAAGAAAACAACCACUGAGUUAAAGUUUAUUGAAAAAAUGA